UUCAAUUAAAGAAAAAGUUUGAACAGUUAUCAUGACAAAGGAGUUCAACCAACAAGCAGAGAUAUGUGUGGAGUUAGAAACCUUGUGGCAAGCUCUGUCCAAAGAUUUGAUAGUAACAAUACCAAAGAUUAUACCAAACAUUGUGAAAGAUGUCAAAGUGAUUGAAGGCAGUGGAGGGAUUGGUACCAUCUUGCUUUUGACUUUCUUCUCAGGUCUAUCUCCGGUAAGUUACCAGAAGGAGAAGAUCACAGUGCUUGAUGAUUCUUCCCAUGAAAUUGGGUUGCAAGUGGUUGAAGGAGGAUACUUGAAUCAAGGUUUCUCAUUCUACAAAACAAGUUUCAAGCUAUCUACCACAGAAGAGGAUAAGACAAUGGUUAAUGUGAAGAUUUCUUAUGAUUAUGAGUUGGAAAUUGAGGAAAGUGAAUUUCCAAUGAAAACAUUAGAAUCUGCUUUACACUUUCUUAGAUGCUUAGAAACAAAUUUGUUGAAUGAUGCUUGAGCAUAAUGUUAUUGUCUUCCAAGAAUGUUUGAAUGUUACUUUUAUGUGCCUAAUUAAUGAAAAGAAUAAUGUUGACCUUUUGAAAUUAUGUUUUGUAAAGGCCUAAGGAGGAUCUGUCCUAUUUGGAAAUGGAUUCUUUGGAGUUAUGAGUUUUGUUUGGAGCAAAUUUUGUUUGUUGGAUGAA